AUGACGUCACUGCUGCUCUUCGGAUUAAACUCCUGCCAGCCAAAUUCCCCCGGGGUCGGGGGGUUACCUGGGCGACACCGUGUAAACUCAACAGCCGGAGUGCCUGCCGAGGAGCUGCCUCGGGAAUGCCUCCUGCCUGCUCCGCACUCAGGGAAACAGCCGAAAAUAAAACCUAAGGCUGUGCCAUUGCUGUCGAAUUCUUCGCUGGGCAGCGAAAAAAGUUUUCUUUUCAGGUUUCUGGGCAUUAAUACAUUUAAGGACAGUAUGCCUGACAACAAACAAAAUAAGAGGAGGAGCAAAAAAGGUUGUGGAAGUGUUGUUGCUUUUCAGAAUGCAGACAAUAUAAUGGAAGAAAUGCAUCAGUCAGACAAAGCUCUAGGAAAAACCAGCCAAAUUGCACCAACAACCAGAGCAUGGCCAGACCAACAAGUGGCAUGUUUUCCAAGUAGAAAUCAGACAUCAUUACCCAGGAGACAUCACACAUCUUUACCUUUCUCCUCAAAGAAAGAGGACAUGGGAUGUGGCUUUGACUUCAGCUUUCUGCUGCAGACCUCAUGCCCAGAAUCUAACAUUUCAACAGCAUUUAUGGAUUUAGAUACUUUCCAAAUAAUAAAAGCACAAAUGCAACAAAGGUUAACUGUAGCAAUGCUAAAAACCAGGAACAAGAAAUCUGAGUUUCAUUUGCCACCAGUGACAUGUCAGUCUGUAAGAACAAUUCAUCUCGCUCCUCUGAAGGAUGAUAUUGUCAAUGAAAGCAGAAACGUCAAAAAUAUUUUAAAUAUUAUGAACUCUAUUCCUCAGCCUAUAAAACCACUUACUAAAUUUUAUCAGUAUCAGUUAGACAACUUAUUAAACAGGCACAGUGAAAAGUCUUCAGAAUUGAUCAUGGCCACAAUUUCUGACAAGUUCACUCCAGUGAAGGACCUGUACUACUUCAGCAUUAAUAACUGUGAUAAGUACCUCAACAACAAGAAGGAAGAAAUCCAAAGCCAUUUAAAAUGGAGGGAAGCUGAUGCAGCAAUCCACAGUAAGAAGAACCAGGUGAAAUUCCAGUGUUCAGUGGUUUGUGAGAACAUCAAUCUUCUGACCCAAGCCAGGUUCUGGGACCAGAGUCAUCCCCACUUGAGCUCAAGCAAUGCUCUGGUGAACUGUGGCAUGUUUGCAGCCCAGACAGCAUUUACAGUGUCCAGCAACAGCAAUGCCUUGAGAGCUGGCAAUAAGCAAAACAGAGCAGAGAACUGCUGUGGCACUGGUCUGGAAGAAGAAAAUGCUACAGAGACGAUGCUGGAUUAUAAACCACAGAAAGAUGCUGAGAGUGCCAACCUUGUGUUUUGCAAUCAGGAUUUAGAUUCUUCCUGUAAAAAUGAAGUGGUAGAGGCCUACCAAGCCUUGGAAGAUAAUUCUGUGGUUGCAGUAAUUCCCUUGAGAGUAGAAGCUCAAGAUCCCUCUGGAAAACAGUCAGAAAAUCGAGUCUGUCUUUCUGUAUCUGAAAUAGAAAAAGAAGCCAUGUCAGAAGCAACUUCAGAGGACCCAAGUGAGCUUAAAGCUGUUGCUCAUGUUAUGCUCUCUGAACAAGAGCAAGCCAGGGAACCCCACAUUGCUGAACAACCUGCCUCAAAAAAGGGUGGUGUCUGUACCCUGCCUCCUCAUGUUUCUCAGAGCCUCAAUGUUCUUGCUCACAAAGAAAAUGACAAUAAUAAAGUAAAGAUGAAUAGAAAUAAGUAUUCAUCGAAAUCUAAAAUUAAUAAUAAGGUAAAAGUAUCUGAAGACUUAAUUGCUUCUGAAGAGGUUACCACAAAAUCAAAUGCCAAGAGUCAGAAUUUUCCAUCUUUGGAACUGACAAAAGUGAAAUCUGAGACUUCCAUGAAGUGUCAUAAAAAAACCGCUCAAGGACACAAAGGCCAUGUUGGUCAGAACGCUCAGAAAAUUAAAAAGCAAAGUUACUCCUGUAGUUGCAAAAAUUCAGCUGUCUUAAAAAAACAUAUUACUCCACUUUGUCUGCCACAUGCACCCUCUGCUUCAGAUUUUGUAGAUCUGAAAUACACUGACAUGUUCAAAAUAAUAAAUUCAGAUGACCAAGGCCCAGGUAUUUACGAAAUGUUUGGAACUCCUGUCUAUUCCCGCAUGAGAGACCUCGAUCAGCACGAGGGCAGGUUUUGUAAAGGUGGUUAUUCUGUUCCACCAGGAAGAUGCACCUGCAGAUCUACCUGCAGUAAAGGGGGAGAAGGCAGCAGAGUCAGAAACACUCAAAAGAAAACACAUUCCAAGUCAAAGAAGACCAUACCUGGUGCUAGACAAAAGCAGAAAGGUUUGAUCACAAAGGACAGAAGGACCAAGUUGAGUGACCACAACACAGAGCAAGAUAAUGCAACAGCUUCUGACUUGGAUUUUCAAACACACACCUUGAGUAGCACAACAUUGUUUCAUGGAGACACAGAUCACCAGAUCACAUUUUUAGAAGAGCUUUCACAGUCAACUAAGCAAAAUGAAAUGUUUACAAAUUCAAACCUCUCAACUAUUAAAGAAGUUUCUUUGGAGCACUUGUUAGACAGCCAGAUUAAAUCCAGCCAUCAGAGAGCUGCUGCUUGCAGCCAGGAUCUCCUUCAGCUCAGUGAUCAAGGCUGCAGAGAAUGUAUUGCUCCAAGUGGCAGUCUGGUAACAGCAGAGCAGAAUAUCUGUGUGCCCCCGUGCAGGGGGGAUAUGGAUGGUGGCAAGGGCUGGGAAUCACACCAGGACUCCAAGUCUGUCAAUAAUAGUGAGUUGCCCUUUUCAGAUAGACUGGAAUGUCAAUCCCCUACAAAGAUAUUAGAUCACAGUUGUGCAAACACACCUCAAAACAGUGGUUUGGCAAAUGAAUUGACUCAAGCUUCAAUGAUUUGGACAAAAAAUGCCAAAAGCCCCAGUUCCCAGACAAGUCAAAACAUUUCUUCCUGGUCAGAUACUGAGGACGUGACUGAUGAGUUGCUUUGUUGUCUGGCCAAAGAAUUGCUAAUGCUUGAAGAAAAAGACACCAACUCUUCAAGAACAAAAAAUACAUGUUCUAAAAUACAAACCACACAGAGUGAAGAAGAGGAGAAUAUGAUGAAUGGAGAUGGAGCUAUAAUAAAUAGUGCUCUAGAGAAGAGUUACAGUAAAGCCUUUUUGGCUUCAAAUGAAGAAAAGGGCCUUCUAAACUUUGAUGAAUCUACUAAAUUACCAAGAAGCAGUUUAGCUACCAAAGACCCUAUCAUGUGGACAAGAGGAGAAGUCCUUGGAAAGGGAGCUUAUGGCACGGUGUACUGUGGUCUGACAAGCCAGGGACAGUUAAUAGCUGUAAAACAGGUGGUUUUGGAUACAUCAGAUCAACUCACUACAAAAAAGGAGUAUCAGAAGUUCCAUGAGGAAGUUGAUCUUUUGAAGACAUUGAAACAUGUAAAUAUUGUAACUUAUUUAGGAACUUGCCUGGAAGACAACAUUUUAAGCAUAUUCAUGGAGUUUGUUCCUGGUGGCUCCAUUUCCAGUAUUCUGAAUCGCUUUGGCCCCUUGCCAGAAGUUGUCCUGUGUAAAUACACUAAGCAAAUUCUACAAGGGGUUGCGUAUUUGCACGACAACUGUGUGGUGCACAGAGACAUCAAAGGCAACAACGUGAUGCUCAUGCCCACCGGGGUGAUCAAGCUGAUUGACUUUGGCUGUGCCAGGCGCCUGGCCUGGGCCAGCCUGAGCGGCACCCGCGGCGAGCUGCUGCGCUCUGUGCACGGCACUCCCUACUGGAUGGCUCCAGAGGUGAUCAACGACUCUGGCUAUGGCAGGAAAUCAGACAUCUGGAGCGUGGGCUGCACCGUGUUCGAGAUGGCAACAGGGAAACCCCCUCUGGCUUCCAUGGACAGGGUGGCAGCCAUGUUCUACAUCGGGGCCCACCGGGGGCUGAUGCCGGCCCUGCCCGAUCGCUUCUCCAGCGCUGCCGCGGAGUUUGUGCACGCCUGCUUAACCAGAGAUCAACACGAACGGCCUUCUGCUCUGCAGUUGCUGGACCAUCCCUUUGUGAAAGGAGGACAGUGAAUUUUUCCAAACUCUUGCCAAAUGAGCAUAUAUUUUCCAUGGAAAAGAUUUUCACUCGUGGAAAAAAAACCAGAAGGAACUGGACUUUAACGUGGCAGCAGAAAUACUGGAGAGCAGUUGUGUUCAAGGAGUCUGUUAUUAGGCAGCAGUGAUUAAAGAGUGCCUGUUCUGCAAUGCCCGUCCUUCACUGUGAACACAAGGCCACGUUGUGUUGUAUUUGGAGAGAUUUAAAGGGAAAAUAAAGUCACCAUCACUGGCAUGCAACAGGCCAGGUAAGCUGGAAUGUCUGUAAAAUCCUAUGGAACAAGCUAUGGGCAGAGAGCUCUGCAACUUGGAGAUGAGUAGUGAGUGUGAGGAUCCCACAGGAACCUCAGACCCUCUACUGGCAUAAAAUGUACUGAGGCUUUUAUUCAGCCAGGUGGGCCCUUUUGUUUUACUGGAUGGGCACUUCAAUUUUUAGCUGGUGAAUAAGUUUUUUGCAUACAUAGAUCACUGUGUUCCUGAGGCCCUGUAUCUCCACAGGAUACUGUGGUGCUAAUUGCAAGAGAUAAUGAUCUAAGGCAUGGGACUGCCUGUUUUAAAUGAAAUAGUGCAUUUUAUGGGCACUUUCAGGUCCCAGAAGGUUGAGGUUGGAAGGGGCUCUGGAGAUGUUCUGGUCCAGCCCCACUGCUCAGAGCAGGGCUGACUGCAACAGGUUGCUCAGGCCCUUUUGCCCCAUUGACUUUGAAUUUGACUAUGGAUGGAGACUCCACAGCCACUCCAGGCAACAUGCUCCAGACUUUAACCCCCUCAUGGUAAAAGUGAUUUUAUGUUUGAAGACUGUCUUAUAGGUCAAGUUGUCCCUUGUCCUGUCACUGCUAGAGUCUGGCUCUGUCUUCCUUACCAUCCCCAUGGGGUGCUGAUACUGAAAACCAGAAGUGUUUCUCUGACCACUGGAGUGAGCACUCUGUUCUGUGACUGGGUGACAGAACAGAGCCCCUCUGCACUCCAGUGGUCUUUACACUUAGUAGAACUAGCUACUACUGACUGCACAAAAUUAAAUAAAAUCUAAAAAGCCUUGUUAAGUAUUAAUAAAGCAAAACCCCCCCAGGUAUUAGUAUUUAGAAUGUCCUUUUGUUGACAAGGCUUCUUCCUAUCAAAAUGGGGUACAUCUUUAGGCCUUUGUGAGCACCCAGGCUCCAGGAAGAGAGGCAGUAAAACUCAGCCCUACAACUCUUCAGAGCUGAGCUCUCAAGAAUCCAAGAGACUGACCUCAGUGUCAGCUCUGAUGUAAUGUGAACAUUAUAAAACCAACUUUCCUCAGAGUGCUAAACAUCUUAAUUACUUAAAGAGCUUUCAAAUUUUAUUUUAUCCCAGUAGUCAGUCUCCUGACUUCAGAGAGUUAAGUCUAAACUUUAUAAAAGCAAGGAGAGAUCAGUACUUCUAGCAAAA